AUGCGAGUACAACGUAAACGUACUGGAUACGAGUUCAACGGUAAACGUACUGGAUACGAGUACAACGGUAAACAUACUAGAUAUGAGUACAACGGUAAACCUACUGGAUAUGAGUACAACGGUAAACAUACUGGAUACGAGUACAGAGGUAAACACACUGGAUACGAGUACAGCGGUAAACGUACUGGAUUCGAGUACAUUGGUAAACGUACUGGAUACGAGUACAACGAUAAAUGUACUGGAUACGAGUUCAACGAUAAACGUACUGGAUACGAGUACAACGGUAAACAUACUGGAUACGAGUUCAACGGUAAACGUACUGAAUACGAGUACAGCGGUAAACAUACUAGAUACGAGUACAAUGGUAAACAUACUGGAUACGAGUGCAACGGUAAACGUACUGGAUACGAGUACAACGGUAAACAUUCUGGAUACGAGUACAAAGGUAAACACACUGGAUACGAGUACAACGGUAAACGUACUGGAUACGAGUACUACUGUAAACCUACUGGAUACGAGUACAACGGUAAACGUACUGCAUACGAGUACAAAGGUAUAUACACUGGAUACGAGUACAACGUAAACGUACUGGAUAUGAGUACAACGGUAAACGUACUGGAUACAAGUACAACGAUAAACGUUCUGGAUGCGAAUACAACGGUAAACAUACUGGAUACGAGUACAAAGGUAAACACACUGGAUACGAGUACCACGGUAAACGUACUGGAUACGAGUACAACGGUAAACAUACUGGAUACGACUACUACGGUAAACGUACUGGAUACGAGUACAUUGGUAAACGUACUGGAUACGAGUACAAAGUACUACGGUAAACCUACUGGAUACGAGUACAACGGUAAACGUACUGGAUACGAGAACAAAGGUAAACACAUUGGAUACGAGUACAACGUUAAACGUACUGGAUACGAGUACAACGGUAAACGUACUCGAUACGAGUACUACUGUAAACGUACUGGAUACGAGUACAACGGUAAAGUACUGGAUACGAGUACAUUGGUAAACGUACGGGAUACGAGUACAACGUACAACGGUAAACUUUCUGGAUACGAGUACAACGGUAAACGUACUAGAUACGAGUACUACGGUAAACAUACUGGAUACGAGUACAACGGUAAACGUACUGGAUACGAGUACCACGGUAAACCUACUGGAUACGAGUACAACGGCAAACGUACUGGAUACGAGUACAAAGGUAAACACACUGGAUACGAGUACAACGUAAACGUACUGGAUACGAGUACAACGAACGGUAAACCUACUGGAUACGAGUGCAACGGUAAACGUACUGGAUACGAGUGCAACGGUAAACGUACUGGAUACGAGUACAACGGUAAACGUACUGGAUACGAGUACAACGGUAAACGUACUGGAUACGAGUACAACGGUAAACGUACUGGAUGCGAGUACAACGGUAAACGUACUGGAUGCGAGUACAACGGUAAACGUACUGGAUACGAGUACUACGGUAAACGUACUGGAUACGAGUACAACGGUAAACGUACUGGAUACGAGUACAAAGGUAAACACACUGGAUACGAGUACAACUACAACGGUAAACGUACUGGAUACGAGUACAACGGUAAACGUACUGGAUACGAGUACAACGGUAAACGUACUGGAUACGAGUACAACGGUAAACGUACUGAAUACGAGUACAACGGUAAACGUACUGAAUACGAGUACAACGGUAAACGUACUGAAUACGAGUACUACGGUAAACGUACUGGAUACGAGUACAGCGGUAAACGUACUGGAUGUUAA